UUUCCGGAGAGUGCCGCCAUGGGAAGGCAUGUUGAGCGUGCCGGAUAGACUUGCGAGCGAGCCACAUAACAUGAAGUUUCGCUUUCCAUAAAUCACGUGGCCAUGCGGAAGGGUGCCAUGCGAUGCGUCCAUGCCAUGUCACAGCUCGGCAUUCGGGAUUGUAGGUCCAACGGCUCUGACAAUCUUCCUCCUGUGACAAGCUUUGCUUCCUCAUGACACGUCCUAGUCUUCGAUUCCUCGGUUUUACAUGAGAAGCCCUAGUCUCGGCACCAGCUGUUCCCGAAUGUUCACAAGAGGCUGUCUCGUGGCCUUUCCCGAUUCCUCAGUGUGUCUAGAGCCACGCGAUCACGCGACAACAAGUUGACAUCCCGUAACGUUUCGUAGCAUGAUAAAGCCUUAGCAUCUGAUCAUGAGCUGUUACCACAUACAAGACGCGACGGCUCGUCGUAUUAACCGACCUUUCCGCCAGAACUCAAAAGAUAGUCGCAGUCUCGUAAGGUGAUGGCGUCAUCCUUCGCAAUGGACGAUUCCGACAUCUGCGAGAUGAGCCUGUCCUCGUGUGAAAGCUUACGCUUCCCGGACCACCAUGGCCGGCUCACGGACCUCAAAGUGAUCACCACGCGACCCAUUUUCAGCACCCAGACGGUCAGCUCCGAGGGGUCUCAGAAACUGACCGAUUCUCAAAGAUGUCGGACGCUUGAGUAUUCUGAUAGGCGACUGUCAGUCGCCGGCCGCGAUACGCGACUUAUAACGCGGAUGGAGCCCGAUUCCAGCCUCGCGCCUGACAGCAUUCCCCCUGACAAUAUAAAACCGGCUUUCUCGCCUCAUCCCGUUGAGGCUACGCAUUCCCCGGCGAGCGCGCCGGCGUCUAGAGCGAGCAUUCCGCUCAAAGCCAAGUCAGAGAAAAUCUUCGUGUCGGUCCGCGUGCGACCGCUGAACAGAAAAGAGGCUGCGAGCGGGGAUCAGGUGGUGUGGCGGAUCCAGGAGUCCAGCACGCUCCGUUUCCUGCAGCCGCUUCCCGAGCGCUCGCCGUAUCCGGCGGCUUACACCUUUGACCGUGCGUUCGGCCCCGAUUGUCCGUCAAGUCGGGUGUACGAGGAGGGAGCGAAGAACAUUGUGCUGUCAGCGCUGGCCGGAAUCAACGCCUCCAUCUUCGCGUAUGGCAUGACAAGCAGCGGGAAGACGUACACCAUGCAGGCGGUCACUGAUCUCGCUGCGUGUGACAUCUUCAUGCACAUCCAGAACAACCCGCAUCGCAGCUUCCUGGUGAAGCUGUCAGCCAUUGAGAUCUACAACGAGAUUGUCAGGGACCUUCUCAGCCCGGACUCUGGGCCCCUCAGGCUCCUCGAUGAUCCCGAGAGGGGCACGGUGGUGGAGCGCUUGACAGAGGUGGAGGUGGAGUCCAAGGGGCAGUUGGAGCGGCUGCUGGUGCACUGUGCGGCGCAGAGGGAGGUGGGCGAGACGUCGCUCAAUGACGCCAGCUCCAGAUCGCACCAGAUCAUUCGCCUGCUUGUGGAGAGCUGCCCCAGUGCAAUGCCACCAGCGCCACACCUUUCACCACGUCAACCGGCCACAUCGGCGCCAGCAGACGCUGCUGCGGCCCAAGUGCUCUCCGCUUCCCUGAACUUUGUGGACCUGGCGGGCAGUGAGAGGGCGUCUCAGACGCACGUGGCUGGCACACGCCUCAAGGAGGGCUGCCACAUCAACAGGAGCCUGCUCACUCUUGCUACCGUUAUCCGCAAGCUGAGCAUGGGCAGCAGGGCCAAGGCGGGGCACAUCCCGUACCGCGACUCCAAGCUGACGCGCAUCCUGCAGCAGUCGCUGGGUGGCAACGGGCGCACGGCCAUCAUCACCACCAUCAGCGCGGGGAGGACGCACCUGGAGCAGACCCGCAACACGCUCGCGUUCGCCCUGAGGGCCAAGGAGGUCACCAACUCGGCGUGUGUCAACGUGGUGGUGACGGACCGAGCGCUGGUGGAGCAGCUGCAGAGGGAAGUGGCGCGGUUGGAGGGCGAGAUGAGAUUGCGGCCCUCCAGGGAGCAGUUCCACGAGCAGGCCGUGCGGAUGCAGCAGUUGGAGGAGCAGCUAUCGCAGGCAGCCAGGCAGCAGGGCGAGGCGCUGGCGCGGGUGCAGGAGCUCUCUCAGGCGCUCUCUGCCGCUGCUGGCUACCAGAGGGGCUCCCAUGCAAGGCGGAGAGCACAGGCAGCUUGGCAGAGUGGCAAGGUGCACCCCAUCUCCAGCAACAAUGGCUCAGGAUCAUCUGAUGACGAGACGGACGGCUGGGAUCGCUUCACACCGACCUGCUUCCCAGCAUCCCAGCCGUUGGAUCUCGUCAUGCCCACGUGCUUCCCUGGCAGCUUCAGCAGACGCCCCAGAGCCAGCAGGCAGCACAGGGAGAAAAAUGCCCCCUUGCACGCCGCUGCUGCUGCUGCUGCUGCUGCUGCUGCGUUUCCUGCAGCCGAGGCAACCGCCAAGAGCACACUGACAGUCAUGGCUGGAAACAACCAUUCUAGUGGGAACAGUAUGGGGAUGGAGGCGAGGGGAGAGGAGCAAACGCGUGCACGGGGAAGGAUGACAUGGGAGGAGAGCGCGAGGGGGAGGGAGAGAGAAGCGCAAUGGAGCAGAUUCGAGGGGGAGGAGGAGGAGGAGGAGGAGGAGGCGCAGCAGCAAGGGGCAGGUCAGUUGAGGAGGGAGAGGCAGCAGCAGCAGGAGAAGUCCCAUGGGAGGAACAGGAACAAGAAAGACUCCUCUCACAGAGAGAGUGAGAGUGUGUCGCUGCAGUCGCUGGAGGCGUGGGUGGCGGAGGACUGCGCGCGGGAGAGGCGGCGCAAGCGCAAGGCAGUGAGCGCCAAGGUGCUGGCGCUGAUGCACGAGAUCCAGAGGCUCGAGCAGCUGCAAGACGCGCUGGGGGACGACGUGGGCCGGGCUAUGGGCGCACUGCAGGGGGAGAUGGAGCGAAUGAGAGCGCGGCAGAAUGCCCAGGGGCAGGGGCAGGGGCAGGGGCAGGAUAGUGAGAGUCCAUCUGAUGGAGGCGUUCACACUCCGGCUAGUCACUACUGCCUUUCCGGCCUGGUUACACCGGGUCUCUCUGGGCUUCUCACUCCCUCCAGCCAGCACUUGUCUGGCCUCCUUGGCUCCUCUUCUCGCCAUGUCUCCGGUGUUCUCGCCCCUUCUUACCACCACCUCUCAGGCGUUCUCACUCCCAACCUCUCCUCUCGCACUGCCUCUGGCAUCCUCACUCCUCUCUCGCACCAAAUAUCGGGCCUCCUCACGCCCUCACUUGCCUCCCAGCCUGUGUCAGGCUGCUUGUCUGCCGCUGGUGGUGCUGCUGGUACCGGUAGCGCUGGUGGCGCUGGUGGUGCUGUUGGUGCUGGUGGUGCUGGUGAUGCGGAUGCCAGUGCUGCUGCCCCUGGGAAUGGCAUGGGAAGCAGUGCAGCUGGUGGGACCCCUGCACGCAGGGAUGGAGCAGAAGGUGAACCUGAUUCCGCAUCUCCUGACUCUGCACGUCCUGGUUCCGUACCUCAUUCCGACCUGGAUUCGCUGCAAUCCGCCAGCCUCCUUCAGCUGCAUGCAGAGCUCUCAAGGCUCACUGUGAAUGAUGCCAAGGAAGAGGAGAGAAUUGGGUACAAGAGGGCAUCAGCUUCAGCCUCAACUGCCGCUGCUGCGGCUGCUGAUGGGGCUACCACUGUUGACUCCACAAAGGCAACACCCGCUGCAGGGAUAGUUAGGGAGCUUCAAGCUGCUGCUUCUGCUGCCGCUGCCGCUGCUGGUGCUGCCACUGACGUUAGUGCAGCCGGCGGGAUGGGGUUCGACAUAGGAUGCCUAGUAGAGCCCUCUGGCAUGACGAUGCGCUCCUCUUCCCAGGACCUCCAGCGAAUGGAGUUCCUGUUCCGGUCAGCUGCAGAGGCGAACGUGGCGAGCAUCCGCACGUACGUGAGCGAGCUGAAGGAGAUAGUGGCGAAGCUGCACUACCAGAAGCAGCUGCUCGUGAAGCAGGUGGUCGAGCUGGAGGCCGCUAGACUGGGGGAGGAGGACGAGGAUGACAUGGAGGAGGAGGGGGAGGAGGAGGGAGAGGAGGAGGAGGAGGAGGGGGAGGAUGAAGAUGGGGAGGAGGGAGGGGAAAUGGAAGAGGGGGGUUGGGGCUGUGAGGAGGACGGAGGAGUGAUGGGAAGGGCACAGGGAGGAAGACGAGAGGUUGGUGCUAACACGCGGUGGAGACCGAGUGUUGGAGAAGAAAGGGAUCUGGGCAGUAGAGAAGGAAGGAAACAGCAGAACCGAGCAAGCUCCGGAGCAUCUAUCGACACACCCACCAACGCCCGUCCCCAUCAACAUCCACGGCAACUCUCCCCCUUCGCACCGUUUUCAGAAGGGGGCUUCAGGGAGGAGGUUAUGGAGACGGUGGUGCUGUGGGACCGCUGCCAGGUGUCACUCAUCCGUCGCACGCAACUGUUCCUCGUGCUGAUGCAAGGAGAGCCGUCGGAUCGAUUGUACCUGCAGGUGGAGAGGCGGAGGCUGGAGUGGCUUGUGCGGCACGCGGGGGAGGAAGGGAAGGCAGCAAGGGAGAAGGAGCUGAGGAAGGAGCGGGAGUAUCUAGCCCGGCGGAUGGCCCAUUGCUUCACCCUUCACCAACGCCUCGAUCUCUUCCACCAAUGGGGCGUUGCCACAUCAUCUCGCCAACGCAAGCGCCAGCUGGCAGUGCUCCUGUGGAGCCGGCCGGCAAAUGGGCGCCAUGUGGAAGCUAGUGCUCGGAUCGUGGGGCGGCUUACAGGGAUGAUAGAAAGCAGUAUGGAUGGAGGAAGGGGGGAUGGAGGGCAAGGUGGGGGUGGUUGGAAAGGAAGUGGAGGAAGAGACGUGUUGAGAUUGUGCAAGGAAAUGCUGGAGUUGAGGCUGAUUGUGCCCUCGGGGUAUCGAGGGCUUAUGUCAAAGCGGCAGCGAAAAUGGUUUUGAAACGAGGAUGCUGGGAAGGAAGGUAAGGCCAGUGGUGCAUCAAGAUGGUUAUAGUGGUGCAACUAGCAAUUGGUGGUUACUAGGCUUGAGGGGGGUAUACCUUCUCAAAUAUUAGAUUGGUUCAUAUGCAGCAAUAGCUGCCUAUAAUACUAAUAGUACCUACGUGCCAUAAAUGGCUGGAUGGAAUAUCAACAC